GCAGCGCGGCGGCUCCCUCCCGGCGCCUUGGGCUCCCGGGUAUAUGUGCGCGCCUGGCCAUGUCGUAUCCUCAGGGUUACUUGUACCAGCCGUCAGCGUCCUUGGCUCUCUAUUCCUGCCCGGCGUACAGCACCAGCGUGAUCUCCGGACCCAGGACCGAUGAACUUGGGAGAUCUUCUUCGGGCUCCGCUUUUUCCCCUUAUGCCGGAUCUACCGCCUUUACCGCCCCUUCCCCGGGUUACAACUCCCACCUCCAGUACGGCACCGACCCGGCCGCCGCCGCCGCCGCCGCCUUCACUUCCUACGUGGGCUCGCCCUACGACCACACGCCGGGCAUGGCCGGUUCCCUGGGGUACCACCCGUACGCGGCACCGCUCGGCUCCUACCCCUACGGGGACCCCGCGUACCGCAAGAACGCGACGCGGGACGCCACGGCCACCCUCAAGGCCUGGCUCAACGAGCACCGGAAAAAUCCCUACCCCACCAAGGGCGAGAAGAUCAUGCUGGCCAUCAUCACCAAAAUGACCCUCACCCAGGUCUCCACCUGGUUCGCCAACGCGCGGCGGCGGCUCAAGAAGGAGAACAAAAUGACCUGGACCCCACGAAACCGCAGCGAGGACGAGGAGGAAGAGGAGAACAUCGACCUGGAGAAAAACGACGAGGACGAGCCCCAGAAACUGGAGGAGAAGGGGGACCCCGGGACUCCGGACACAGGAGCGGCGGAUCCCAAGGCAGCGCCGGGCAGCGAGCGCCUCCAGGAGUCCCCCGGCCCCCGGGAGGCCGAGAGCGGCCUCAGCGACUCGGAUUGCAAAGAGCUGGCGGAGGAGCGCCUCGACGGGCCGCCCGUCCCCCACAAGGCGCCCGGCGCUUCCCCGCUGGGACCGUGUCCGGCGGGCCGCGAGGAGCCCCCGCCGUACCGCCCGCCCUCGGCCGCCGCCGGGCCGCCGCACGCCGCCGACCUGCACCCGCUGCUGCCCGCCGCCACCGGCGCCUCCGUCAUCCACUCGCCGCAGCAGGCGGCCCUCGCCAAGCCCAAGCUCUGGUCGCUGGCCGAGAUCGCCACCUCGGCGGACAAGGCGAAGGAGGCCGGCGGCGAGGCGGCGCCCCCCGGCCCCGCCGUGCUGGGCGGCAGCGGCCCGUCCCGCUCGCCGCCGCGGCCGCGCUCGCCCGCCGCGCAGUGCCCCUUCCCCAACGGGGCGGUCCUGCCCCGGCCGCUCUACUACACGGCGCCCUUCUACCCCGGCUACACGAACUACGGCUCCUUCGGGGCCCUGCACGGGCACCCCGCCGGCGGCCCCGCCGCCGCCGCCCCCGGCGCCCACUUCAAUGGAUUAAAUCAGACUGUCCUCAGCAGAGCCGAGAGCCUGGCUAAAGACACUAAAAUGAUCAGGAGCCAGUCCCAAGUAGACCUUUGCAAAGACUCACCUUACGAACUGAAGAAAGGUAUGUCCAACAUUUAAUAUCGGCUUCUCCUCCCUAUCCCCUCCUGGGACUGUGGUUUUGUUCCUUUUUUUUUUCUCCCCUUUUUUAAUUUAUUUGAGAGAAAUAAUAAAUUGCUUUGGCAGUUAUUUUUCCAGUACCAAAAGAAAAACAAAACAAACAGAAAAAGACCAGCUCCCCCCUCCCUCCCAGCCCCUCUUCAAAAGUUUAUAGAGUCUAUUUGAAAUGGCUGGUGGAAACCGCCCAGAAAUGUCUUAAGCAAGUGAAAAGCAAACGAGUGACACGCUCUCUCUCACACACACAAAGAAGAAAGAUUUGUAUUAAAUCUUAUUCUGUAUAUUUAAUGUAGCUUUUUUGUAUUUAAAUUGAUAAUACAGUAUCUUUGAAGUAAAUUAUGAAAUCAAGACAACUGUACAGGCAUUAAUGUUGUUUUCGUAAUAUAAAUAUAUACAUUUCUGUGUCUUUUUCCGAAUUGUUUCAUAGUUUUAAAAUAUAUAUAUACAAGUUUAAUUUAA